AUGUCGAAGGUAAUCCUCGUCGCCCUGGUCGCCCUCCUUGCCGUCGUCUACUCGUCGAGCAUCUGCGACAAGUGCCAGGCAAUGAUGCAGAAUGCCCGCACCAACUACAAAAACGACUUCUCACAGGUAACCGCCCCGCAACUCCAGAGCUUCAUGGAGGACCAGUGCAACAAGGAAUUCUCUGGACUUGAGAAAAGCGCGUGCCACAAGGUGGUGGACAAGGAUUCGAACGAGCUUCUCCAGGCCUUCAAGGCCGGCCAGAACAACCAGCAAAUCUGCCACACCGCCAAACUCUGC